AUGCAACCAGCUUUCAACUAUCGACAAUCUCGCCGAUCUGCCUGUGAUCGAUGCCGCGGUUUCAAGCUACGCUGUCAGCGAGGUCAAGUGGGCGGCAAAACGUGCGAGAGGUGCCUCAAGGCCCAAGUGGUGUGCACGACAAGCAUUGGACAUCCGGCCCCAAAUUUCCCUCAUUCGAAAGCCAACUCUGCCAACAUAGCGAUCGAAUGCGAUGAGGGCAUGCUUAAGAGUGAUCGAGUGUCUAUGCCCAUUCUCCACGGAUCGGUUCACUCAAAGAUUAGAAAACUGGUCCCUCCUUCUGGGAUUCCACGACGACACGACCGUCAAUCGUUUAAUUCUUGGAGGAGGCUCGGUCAUUUUCCUUCUUUUGAUAGUGGGGGUACUGGUCCCACAGCGGAGGAAUUUGACCUAUCUAUUUCCUCAGGCUCUCCUUUAUCAAUUACACCAGAACAUUGGAGAAAUUCCAGUCCUGCUUGGAAUGUUAAUUAUCAAUUGCCCCAAGGCGAUCUUAGCUUCUUAGAACCUGAAAAUCGCUUAAGGAAUCAACCAUCAUGCUCCGAGGCGCUCAUCACAAAUCAUUUACCGAGCUUCCAAAUUCACUCCAGUGCGAAUAAACAAUUAUCCUCCAUUCCAGGUGCCCUUGAUCUCGCCGACCCUGAAUAUUUGCUGGGGGAGGAAAUGGACUGGAAUUCACCAUGGAGGCCUGGUGCUGGACUUACGGAAGACAAUGGAUCACAAAUCACCUCACUGGGUGAUUGGACUUCCACAGGGGCGUACGGCAUACAAAGGAAACUGUUGCAGCUAAACCUGGAAGUGAUGGGCGAUCUUGAGCUUUUAGAGGUGGAGUCAGAUACUGUGGCAUCAAAUUUCCACCUUGGAGGCAGUGUGUAUCCCACUGUCAGCAAACUCGACAUUCCAAUUUUCCGCAUGCUUAAUCAUUCUACCAAGCUGUUGGAAAUCCUUGAUUGUGAAAAUACCCUAUACGCCAGUUUCUCCUCCCCUUUGGAAGCCGUGGAAACUUACUCAUACAUCGGCGAUGACGGAAAGUCACCUCUUCCAUUUGUCACGGACAACAUUGUCGAAGAUGGAGUAGGAAUAGUUUCAUCGGAUUCUGGAUAUUGGACAAUGAUGAUACCCCCUCAAAAUCCCGUCAAGGCUUCAUCUCCCAAAAACGAGAUGCCAGUCUUUCUCAGCCUGUUGACAACAUACAGUCAUCUCAUUCAACUGUAUCACGAUGUUUUCGCGCUGCUAUAUCGGAGUUUGCUCAUUAUUUCUCCUGAUGAUGAUACCAGCUUUUUACUAUUUCCGAGCUUGCACUUCAGGCAGUCUCCCUUGGAAGGUAAUUUGCGGGCUCAGAUCGAAGUGCUAAUUGAGCUCAGCUCUAGCAUGCUAGGAAACCUUGACCGUGCACUUCGAUUGACUUUUAGAUCUGUUCCGCAGUCGGGUGAACAGUCAGGUUCUAUGGCGUAUCUUUCGGAGAUUACUCCAUUGGUGGCCAUCCCUGACCAGAUCAUCUCCCAGGAAAAUAAAUUGCGUGGCAUUUCACUGGAGGAAAUAAUGAGCUGCUUGAGCCAUCUUGUAAAGGAAAGAACUAAUGUGUGA